AUGGUGAUAGACAGCAUGGUGGCGUCAGCUCAGCUGGAGGAGGGGUUGAGGCAGAAGGUGAGGGAGGCCAUGUUGAAGAGACACCACCACCAGAAAGAGAAGAAGCUCAGCAACCGCAUCCCUCUGGUGCGCUCCUUCGCUGACAUCGGCAAGAAACAAUCUGACCCACACCUGCUUGAGAGAAACGGAAGUCUAUCCACCUCCGCCCCUCCCUCCUCAAGGGAGUCCAGGGGGUCUCAGUUCCUCAGCCGCUUCCUGCUCAGUGCCAGCACCCCCUCCUCCCCCCUUAGCACCCCCAGAACACCCCUCCCCUAGCCAGAUACAGAUCCUCCACCCCUCCCUGCCUGUCCUCCACCCCRCUGACUGACCCAGYCCUAGACCCAGAGAUUGGGGUGGCAGCUGGUGAGGGUAGGAGCUGGAGUAUCCCCAGUGUGGUGGUCCAUGCUCCAGAUGUGGAGGAACUGAAGCUCCGGUCCUGUCUAGUCAAGGACCACAAGGAGGAGUCUGAGGGUGCAGACCCUGCCCCCACCUCCAGCAGGUUAAAUAUCACGCAAAAAGCUUGAAACCCUUCCUCCAUGCCUUCUUCACCUUACAUAAUCUGACCCCUCUCGGUCCUUAACAUUGUAUGUGUCUGUCUGUGUGCGUGAUGACUUGUGAAGCACUUAACUUAUUAUGGCUGGGGGCAGUAUUGAGUAGCUUG